UCUGUUAAGUUGGAUGGCAAUAACAGGGGUAAUGGACAAGUCCAAGAGCAGUUGGGAAGCAGUUUACACGCAGGGUAUUAUAGACAAGGAUACUGCAGCUGCUGCCAAGUACAUUAUAUUAACCUAGAAAAGCAUCUUGCAAGUGACCAGCACAGACGUGUAUCCAAGCUACAUAAGAACCAACUCAGUAAAAACACACUGAUGGAGCGAUUCUUGCAGGAUGUUCAUCUCUACCAUCCUCAAAACUACCAUGAUACUAGACCAACAUAUGAUGAUAUACCAGAAGUUAAUGUGCUUACUUCCUCCCAUGAAGAAAGAACAUGUACUCUCUCACAGGAAACUCAGGCUGCUGUCUCCAGCUGUGGAAAAAUAACUGACUGGGACAAGCACUGUGUCUCUGAAUCAUAUAGAUCAAGGAUCAACUGCAAGGAAACAACAUUCACGCAAUCACGGAACACAAACCCUGAAGAGGCCCAGUGUUCCAAAACUGGGUAUCACCAACAAAGCAUUUUCAGCAGUCCUCUGACUACUUGCCAAAAAGCCUUAUGUAAAACGGUAAACACCAUACCUCAAACCUUUCACUAUAGCACUUUACCUUUAUAUCCUACUAGCCAGAUGACUGCAAAUAACAGUUUUUUGGAAACUCAGCAUUCUGUGCAUUGUUCAGGGUCCAGUAAUAACAGAGAGACAAAUUAUGGGAAAUGCAAAAAGUGCCCAGGUACCGCUAAAUUGAAAAACCCUACAAAUGACUUGCAAAACAGGCAGUUCAAUUUCCAAGGCAGCUACCAUCAUCUGACCUCAGGCACUUUGUUUAAGAAUGAAAGGAUUUUCAAAUCUCAGGAAAACAAGGAAUGCAUUCUCAGGGAUCAUGAGCUAUAUGAUGACUCAAACAAACUAAAAAAUGAUGGAAAAUGUAAAGGAUUUUCCCACUUCAAGAACAAAGGGCUAUACUUGAGCAAAGAUGAUGGAAAUUUAGUAGAUGAGAUCAUUGAGGCAGUAAUCAAAAAAUACUGCCAUGAAUCUUCAUCAGACAAGACAGCAGAAAAAGACGAAGAAAGUGUAUUGUCCUUAAAUGUUCCAUCUAUUACUGAAGGCUCUACUCUAAGUUUUGAUUUGAAUGCACCUACAGAGUUAAAAGAAGAUCACUUGAAAAUCACAAUGACAAAUUUAGACUUGCACAAACAGUCUGAUGUAAACAUAGAUGAAGAGUACAACUCAAAACUUAAAUGUAUCCUACGUGAAAGCCCACCAAAAGAAAUACAGGCUAUAAAACAUGAACAUGAAGAGGACGUUCUUCCAGCUCUGCCUCAUAUCCCUCCAUCAUUUGUUGGUAAAACAUGGUCCCAAGUAAUGUAUGAAGAUGAUUUAAAAAUUGAAGCCUUGGUCAAAGAGUUUAGAAAGGGAAAGUUCCAUUGCUACUUUGAAGAUGACUGUUCAGUGAAUGUGGGCUCUAAGAGAAAACAUAAUAGCAGACAAAUAGAGAAAAAAGUUGAGGUAAAGACAGAGGACUUAGAUGAGUCCCAAAAAAUGAAUUUGCUGCCAUUAUUUGAAGAUUUUUGUGAAGACCAGUACCCUGAUACAAAUAGUAUGAAAUCAGAAAGACUUUUAAAAUCUAAGCCUGCUAAGCCUUGCAAACGAGUAUGGAGGCAAGCUUCAAGAUGCCAAGUAGUAAAAGUCAGCCAUGGUACUCAGACAAGUUUGGUUAACUAUCCAGUGGUAAAAAAGAAAGUCCUGAAAAGUGAAUCCCAAGGAGUUUUUGAUUACCUGGAGGAGGAAAGGACUCCGGACAUGAAAACUAGAAUGUGUGCUUUAAAGCUUCCAGAAUCAUACAACAAAAUUUUAACUCCGUUACAACCCAAGACAAUGGUAUAUGUUCUUUCCCACCCAGAUAUAAAACCAAGUACUUGUAGGAGAAGUCGUAAUCGGUGCUCCACCGAUAGUAGGGACUCUGUAUAUUUUAAAUAUAAGCAGUCACCUCUGAAGUAUUAUGACCCUUUGACUAAUCGUAUCCUUAAAACCCCUCCCAGAAACUCAGUACGAGGAAUGAGUAGCAAGGCGCUCUGUGUUCGAAAGUUGUUCAGAAGUCUUAGUAGUGAAGGAAAUGUUGAUAAAGUUAAUCCAGAAUCAAAGGAAUCAAGCACCUCUAAGAAGUCUCUGAGCAGUUGUUCUGUUGCUUCUUUACACUUUGGAUCUGUGAAGGGAAAAGAUUUAAGCUCCAGCAUAAAGGGAAGUGGAUCUUCUGUGAACUCAGAAUGCAUUGGCAGUGGCUAUGUUAAAUCAGGGCACUCUGAAAAACCAUAUACGCACAUUACCAUUUCUCCAUGCAAGGCAGCUAACACCAAGGCAAAGGAAGACACUCAAAACAGUAUCCUGCUCUCAAAAUCUAAAAGUAAACCAAUAAAACAGCAGAAGUUGAUCACAAGAGAGCAUCAUAACUCUUCAGCUAGGCAUAGCAAGUCACGGAUAGAAUCCUUAGAUGCUGCACGAUCCAAACAUAAUCCUCAGAGAAUGGUGAAAAAUUUAGGAAAACAAACACAAGGAAAAUCCAAAUGUAGAAAACAGCCAAGAAAAAAAUCUUCUUCAGUUCUUCCAAAAUCAAACAAAUCAUUUGCUCGGGCUCGUCAUCCAAAUAAAGAGAAAGUGACAAACCAAAGGGAUGCAAUCACAGUUCAGGAUCAUAAGAAAAGACUGGUAAAGUCAGAAUUUGUUUCACUCAAUCCCAAAAAAAGAAAGCAAAUGAUGACAAAAAACAGCUUUCAAAAUGCGUAUCAAGACAAACAUAUUACUAGAUCUCGGAGCAAAACCUCUGAGCUUAUAGUACAGAACACGAUGCAUUAUCUAAGAAGUAGACAUGCAGUAGCAAAUAUAGCUUCUAAUACUAGAACUUUUACUAACAAACUGACCAGAAGAAAAGUCAGGUGAACUAAAAUGUCAAUGCUUAUGGACUAAUAAGUCACUAAAACACUGUGUGCUGGAAAACGGGUAUUAGAGGUACAUUUUUGAUACUUUUUUAUAGCUCUUUAGAAAAAUUUGCUGAGUUAU